AUGAAUAAUUCUACAGUGAACUUCACAACUGAAGCAUCAGCAAUAUCUAGGCUGGACGUUUGUGUGUACUUAAUCAAUGUCUUGUUUGGUUUUCCUACACACUCCUAUGUUAUAUGGCUCAUCAUCACAGGAACAGGAAAUGGAGUUGCAUCAGAGUUUUUCCUCCUCAAACUCUCUGUUUGUGAAAUUGGUAUCUGUCUGUACUCUUUGUUGGUUGUAAUUUCUUUUUUUACUGGGCUUUCACGUCCCACAAUAUUAGCAUGUUUUUUAAUAGGACUAUUCAUCACUGGUCGUCCUCUGUUUCAGUGUCUGAUGUGUGUUGAGCGUUACCUGGCAGUGGUUCAUCCUGUAACCUUUCUGAAGUACAAACCUCUCAGAUAUAGAGUGAUCUGCUGCACUGCGGCCUGGAUAAUUAUUCUUGGCUCCUGUUUGGUCUGCAUGUUUACAACAAGCCAAGUUAAUUUUUAUAUUUACAUAUACUUCUACUUUAUUCAGUUCCUGCUCUUCCUCUCUGUCCAGUUGUUUUGUCUUGUGGCUGUUCUCAGAGCUCUGAAGCAGUCAGGACCAGGAGAGAGAGGGAGAGAGAGAGAGGAGGAAAACCCCAUGAAGAGAAGAGCGUUUCAUGUCAUUCUAAUAACUACUGUGACCAUGUCCACUACAUAUAUUCCAUUGAUUUUCGCAGGAUUCUCUUUUGUUCUGACACAACUGUUUAUUGUGGGCCUUUUUUCUUUUGGUUUGUUAUGUUUUAUUCUGGCAGGUUUUGUUCAGCCUGUUCUUUAUCUGCACCGCACUGGAAAACUCUCCUGCCUUUUCCAUAAAACAUUUGGUUAA